AUGGCCGAACCGGGACCGGCGGGGCCGCAGCCGAGCGGCCCGGCUCUGCUGCCGGCCCUGAGCAGCGCCGGCCCGCGGGAGCGCGCCGAGGAGGGGAAGCCAGAUCUGGUCCAGGAAGAUGAUAAUUCUGGUAGUGAUUAUGGCAGUCGUGACAAACCAGGGUCUGCUUUAGGAAGGACUGUGCCAGAUGGGAAUGUGCUUUUUCCAGAUAUUUUCCGCACUGAUCAUCUUUUGUUUUAUGAGCGAUUUAAAGCUUACCAGGAUUACAUCUUGGCUGACUGCAAAGCUUCUGAGGUGAAAGAAUUCACAGCUGAAUACCUGGAGAAGGUCCUUGAGCCAUGUGGAUGGCAGGCAGUCUGGCACACUAAUGUGUUUGAGGUCCUUGUUGAGGUUGUUGAUGUGGAGUACACAGCUCUGAAAGCAGUUGUGAAACUCAGUGAGCCUUUCCUGUGUGAGUCACGGGAUAGCACCUUUACCUUGGAGUGCGUGCAGGAAAUCUUGGAGCUGAAGGAGCGUAAGAUACCACUGCAGGCACUGUGGGUUGUGUAUGAUGAGUCAGGAGAGUUUGACCAGACAGCACUAGCUGUAGAGCAUGUCAGGUUCUUCUACCAGUGCAUCUGGAGGACUUGGGAUGAGGAGGAGGAGGAUGAUUUUGAUUACUUUGUGCGAUGUGUUGAGCCUCGACUGAGAUUGCAUUAUGACAUCCUUGAGCACCGUGUGCCUUCUGGACUUGUAGCCGACUACCAGAACUUGUUGUCUCAAUGUGAAGAGCUUUACAAAAAGUUUUUAGAUGUGAGGAACAGCAUAUCAAGCAGUGGUUCAGAUUCAGAAACAGAAAAUGUCUCUAUGGUGGAAGGACUAAAAUUGUAUGAGAAAAUAGAACACUUAAAACAAAAGCUGAAACUAAUUGAGAAUCCUCUGCUGAGGUAUGUGUUUGGUUACCAAAAAUACAGUGGUCUCCAAGCUAAAGGACUGAGACCAACAGGUACCAAGAUCACUCAUGUUGUAUCCUCAACCAUGAUGUCAAGUCUGCUGCAGUCACUGAUAAGGGACAAACUUUGCCCUGAAUCUUGUGGUGAAGAACUAGAAAUACAGUUUCACAAUGAUCCACUGGCAGCUGUAAAUGCCUGUUAUGAAGGAGACACAGUCAUCAUCUGUCCUGGUCAUUAUGUUGUAGAUGGUGUCUUCUGCAUUGCUGAUUCAGUUGAACUAGAAGGCUAUGGCCUGCCAGAUGAUAUAGUGAUAGAAAAACGAGGGGAAGGAGACAACUUUGUUGACUGUACAGGAGCCAAUGUCAGGAUCUCCAGUUUGAAGUUAGUGCAACAUGAUGCUGUGGAGGGGAUUUUAAAUGUCCAUUAUGGGAAAACCACCCUGGAGAAUUGUGUGUUACAGUGUGAAACUACAGGCAUAACAGUCCGAAUAUCAGCUGAGCUAGUAAUGAAAAAUUCAGAUCUUUAUGGUGCUAAGGGUGCUGGUGUGGAAAUAUAUCCUGGCAGUACAUGCACCCUGUUAGGCAAUGGCAUACACCACUGCAAGGAGGGAAUACUUAUAAAGAACUUCUUAGAUGAACAUUAUGACAUCCCCAAGAUAACCAUGGUUAAUAAUAUGAUCCAUAAUAAUGAAGGAUAUGGUGUGGUCCUGGUUAGACCAACAGUGACCUCUGAUCUAAAGGAUGCUUCAGCAGAGAGAACAAAAGGGAAUACACAGCCUGCCCAGUCAAGUGAUGGGACAGCCUGUGUAGAGGGCUUCAGGCAAGAAGAGCUACCUGGAUGUGUAACUGAUGAGUUGGAGCUUUAUGAGCAUGGUGUGAUUUGUGAACAAACUGAUGGCAAUUGCAAAAUUGCAGAUGAGCUUGGGGCUAUAUCUGCAAAGAAGAGCCAGAUGCACAAGAAAAGACUGAGUGAACUGGGAAUCACAGAAGCUGAUGACAACUUAAUGUCACAGGAAAUGUUUGUUUCUAUUGUGGGCAAUCAGUUUAAAUGGAAUGGGAAAGGAAGUUUUGGUACCUUUCUUUUCUGACCACCCUGACUCCUGAUGGCAUUGCAAUGGGAGAUUUGCACAAGCUUUUGUUUUCACUGCUGUUUUCCAAGGAGUUAACCUGUUCUAUUAGCCUUUCAUAAUAUUACUAAAAUGUGACAGAUAUUUAUUAAUAGUAUAUGUAUUGCAUGUGGAAACUUUGCUUCCUUGCUGCAAGUAUAGAUAAUAUGGUAGAAAAAUGGAAGUCUAAUGUGGAGAUUGUACAUGUAUUCUGCUAAUCUAUGUGUUGCUUCUUUGCUACCUCUGAAUUUUUUUAGUAUAUUUAUUUAACUUCUCAUUGUAAAAAGAAAAAUCUUCAAAGAAUGAAAAUAUAGGUAGGGUUCAUCAUGAAAGAGUGGACAACAGAUGUGCAGCAAUUGGUGAUACAUCUUCUUCCAUGUUUUUUUUUAAAGUGUCAUUAGACUGCAGCUGACACCUAUCCUCUAAGAGACUGAAAUACUUUUAAAUUUUUGCAUUAACCAGAAGCUAGUGAAAUGCUCCUCCUUAGGAAUGCAGUGAUUUCCUGCCAUGUUUCAUGCCUGAAUGAAUUUCUAGAAAACUUAGCAUUUGAAAGAGUAACAUCAUUCAGUCUUCUAUAUAUUUUUGUGCCCAGCUCUUUACUUGCAACAGCUACCAGUGCCUCUGCACCUUUUCCUUAGGCAGGACAGCGUCUAAGCUCCAUUAAUCUGAAUAAAGAAGGGGAAAAAAAUAGUCUUUCUGUCUUUUAGUGGGAUUCAUACUAUAGAUUUCAGUGCAUUAUUAUGCACUGAAUAAUUCAGUGCAUUAUUGUAAAAUUUUUAAAACUCCUUACAACUUGUAGCACCUGAGGUUUUGGAAGUGAAUGGGAAAUGUUAAAAAUUUUCACUGUGAUUUCAUCAGCCCACAGUUGUGGAACAUUGACUAAAACAAAAGCACUUCAGUGGCUCACUGUUACACUUUAUUAGAUUUUACCUGAGGGAGAAAUUGGAAGGACUGCCUGACUGAGGACUCUUCCUUCUCAGUGCCUCUUAUUUUUAAUUACAAGAGAUGCCUUCUUCAAACUUCUGUACUGUCUUCAGGAGUUGUAGGUUAAUUUUUGAACUGUUGCAUGAAAUGUAUGUAGGAAAAUACUAACUCGUAAGUGUUCCAGGGCAUUUUAUUAAACAGAAUCAAAUAGGAAGUUAGGAAAGGAAAGCAUGUUGCUAGUUGACUUUGGAAUAAUUUCUGAAAGUAGCUUAGCAGGUGUAUGCCUUAAGUAGAAAUGAAUGCAUUGCCUAGAAGUGGAUAGUCUGUUCCACAGACUUUUCACUCUAGCCAUUCUUAAGCUGAGAUGACAAUCAAAAUUCACUACAGUACAUGAUUUGUUUUCGUGUGAGCAGCUGAUAGAAAGGACAAGAGAAAGUUGUCAUUCACAAGCAUUUGUUUUCAUUAUGUGAACCACAGAAUUGAUUGCAGCUUUUCUAGCCCACUGCUUCUGUUUUGUUCUACUCAGGUCACUUGACUUCAGGACAAACCUUUUGCAUUUUCAUGAACAUAAAUGCCAUUGGAAUAUCUCAACAUGCACAGAUCCAUAAAUGUUUGUCAUUAGUGACUGUAAAGAAAUACUUGAGUCAACUGAAAGCCUUUGCUAAGACUGUCAGUAGUUCAGUAUCUCAACCUAUUCAUCAGGUCACAUGCCAUGUUUUGUGCUUUGAAUUAUGCUUUUAUUUCAAAAGUGUAAUCUUUAUUAAUAAUCAUUAUUAAAGG